AUGAAGCAUACAUUAUCCGUUCUCGUAGAAGAUGAAGCAGGUGUACUAUCUAGGAUAGCAGGUUUAUUUGCAAGACGCGGCUUUAAUAUUGAUAGUCUUGCUGUAGGACCUGCAGAAAAGCCAGGUAUAUCAAGAAUUACAAUGAUUGUUCCAGGCGAUAAUAGAACAAUUGAACAAUUGACUAAGCAAUUAUAUAAAUUAGUAAGUAUAUUAAAAGUUCAAGAUAUUACGAAUAUACCUUGUGUAGAAAGGGAACUAGUGUUAAUUAAAAUACAAGCAUCACCUCAAAACCGCUCGUUUAUUUUAGAAAUUUCUAGUGUGUUUCGAGCAAAAGUAGUAGAUAUGGCCUAUGAAUACUUAAUUUUAGAAGUAACCGGAGAUCCAGGUAAAAUGGUUGCAAUAGAGCAAUUAUUAAAGCAGUAUGGAAUUGUAGAAAUAGCACGUACAGGUAAAAUCUCUUUAAUUCGAGCAUCGAAUGUUGAUACAGAAUUUUUACGGAACACAUUAUCUGCUCAAAAAAUUAGCUCUUAA